AUGGCGCUGUCCGGGUCGACCCCGGCCCCGAGCUGGGAGGAGGAUGAGUGUCUGGACUACUACGGGAUGCUAUCGCUUCACCGUAUGUUCGAGGUGGUGGGCGGGCAGCUGACCGAGUGCGAGCUGGAGCUGCUAGCCUUCCUGCUGGACGAGGUCCCCGGUGCCCCAGGCGGCCUGGCCCACGCCCGCAGUGGCCUGGAGCUGCUGCUGGAGCUGGAGCGCCGCGGGCAGUGCGACGAGAGCAACCUGAGGCUGCUGGGGCAACUCCUGCGCCUAGUGUCCCGCCACGACUUGCUGCCGCACCUGGCGCGCAAGCGGCGUCGGCCAGUGUCUCCAGAGCGCUACAGCUAUGGCUCGUCCGACUCUUCUUCGAGGUUGGAGGGCAGCUGCCGUCGCCGUCGCCAGUCAAGUAGUUCGUCGAAUGCUGAGCAGGGUCAGUGGGAGACAGGUUCUCCCCUAACGAAGCGGCAGCGGCGGAGUCGGGGCCGUCCCAGUGGUGGUGCCAGACGGCGGCGCAGGGCAGGUACCACCGCCCCCCAGCAGCAGCAGGAGCCAGCCCGGCCCACCUCAGAAGGCAAAGUGACCUGUGACAUCCGGCUCAGGGUGAGAGCAGAGUACUGUGAGCACGGGCCAGCCUUGGAGCAGGGCGUGGCCUCGCGGCGGCCCCAAGCACUGGCUCGGCAGUUGGAUGUGUUUGGGCAGGCCACCGCGGUGCUGCGCUCCCGGGACCUGGGCUCCGUGGUGUGUGACAUCAAGUUCUCUGAGCUCUCCUACCUGGACGCCUUCUGGGGCGACUACCUGAGCGGUGCCCUGCUGCAGGCCCUGCGGGGCGUGUUCCUGACUGAGGCGCUGCGCGAGGCGGUGGGCCGGGAGGCCGUCCGCCUGCUGGUCAGUGUGGACGAGGCUGACUACGAGGCUGGCCGGCGCCGCCUGCUACUGAUGGAGGAGGAGGGGGGACGGCGCUCGCCCGAGGCCUCCUGA